UGAUUCGGAGUGGGACUCACCAAACAGUAUAUAAACCCCUGAAAAGAAGAGGUGAAACAAACGCAACUGGGAAUCAUUUUGCUGCUGUUGCCGGCUUCGCGAUGCGCACCUCCCUGUGGAUUGCUGUGCUUGCUCUUCUCGCGCAAGCUUCUGCUGGGGUCUCGAAAGGUCUGAAGGAAGAUGCUGAAAAAACAGUCGACUUUGAUGUAGAGGAUUUCACGAAAGUAUACACUGUGGAAGCACUGCUGGCAGAUGCCAAUUACACAGAAACCGAAAUCUUGCUGUCGAACUUAGAGAGCACCACGAAUUCUGCAGUUGCUCCAACCACUGCCACACCGAUCAAUCACAACGGAACGGAUGACAAAAGAAUUUUGGGAGGAACACUAAUUAAUACUGUUGCCGAACUCGUGCCGCCACUCAACGCCUAUAUCUUUGUUGAAGCCAAAAAUGCUGCUGGAGUUGUUAUAAGUAGCUGUGGUGGUGUAUUGCUGUCGAACAUUUGGGCGUUGACGGCCGCUCAUUGCGUCGCGCUGGCCACAGAUAUUACUGUCAUUGCUGGGGAGAUAGCUGAUCCGGUAACAGCUGCAGCCGGCAUAAAAAGCACAGCCACGGCAAUCAUUCAUCCCCAGUUUCUGCUGAACUUCUUGAUAAAUGACAUCGCUCUGCUUAGUAUAGACACACCUCUUGCUGGGGUCGGGGCAGCUAAAUUGUCAACCGUCAAACCCACCGCUGCGUUGAACAAUCUGAUGUUUAAAACAAUGGGAUUCGGUCCUGUUGACGACACACCUUUCGCGAGCGCUGGGGCAACACUGCAUGUUGUCGAUAUGCAGAAUAUGAAUAAGGCAACGUGCAACCAACAGACAGCACCAAUUUUCGUGGCGUACCCUGGAAACACGGGAUGUUUGAGCACCGCUGGCGGAACUAAAGGAAUCUGCAAUGCUGACCCCGGUGGACCUGUUUUUCACGAAUCUCCCACUGACACCGAGGGUAAAAUUAUUGGCAUCAACUCUCAAUUUAUUGGCUGCCCACGUCAACAACCCAGCUCGUUCACCUGGAUUUUCCCCUUCAUUCCCUGGAUCAGAGCUAAGACUCUCAAAACAUUUACGUAAUGCUGCGUACCUCAUCAUUAUUUACACUUGGUGUUGGAAGGUGGGACCCAAAUAAAUAUUUUUUAAUGAAAAUUA